AUGGCUCGUAGCAAGAAGGAAGAAGCGGAGUGGGCAAGUCACCGCCAUGAGCUCCAGUCCCUGUGGCUAGAUCAACGAUGGUCUGUUGAGCAAAUCCAGGAACAUAUGAGCCGGAGUUACAAUUUUUGCAAAAGCAAAGACCAGUAUUACCGACAGUUCAAGAAGUGGAAUCUCAAAAAGAACUCCAGAGAAGAGGAGUGGCGUUUUGUUGCGUACCGUCGUGAGAAACGUAAACGAGAGGGGAAAGACCCUGGAGAGGUCUCGAUGCACGGUACUCACAUCCCCAACGCAAAGGUUAGAAAGGAAACAGCUCGCUAUGUUUCAUUGUCAUCUCAGUACCUGGGACUAGACGACUCUUGCCCCAAGACCCCAGAAGGAGUCAUGGUCAGCACCCCUCGCUCGGCGAUAGAUGAUAUACCCAUUGAAAUUCCCAUGGAGCUUCCCGAGAUGGACUGGUCGCAUGACCUAAUCGAAGCAGCUAGUAGCGGCUUCCCUGAUGUAUCUGGGCUUUUGUCAAACGCUGAUACGAUGGCUCUUGUGUCUCCCAUCGAGAUUCCGCAACUUAGCCCAUCGGCCUUCCAUGUUCUGGACGACAAGGAACCAGCUGCAGCUUCAUUGAACCAAGUCGGUGAAAGUUUGAAUCAUCAGUUGCAGUCAGUGCCUCCUAUAGCACGGAUGUCAACGAACGGGGGCGAGCCGAUCGACUGCGACUUCGACUCCCUAAGUAAUGAGAUCAUCCGACAUGCACGACUGGCUCUCUCACGUCGCUAUCCAAGUACCGAAGAUAAAUGCCUCAGUGAAUGUCUUUCUUUCCUCGAACCCAUCACGAUGGGUGAUGUCAAUAAGGAUCUCACAAGAAUGGCCGAGAACAUAUUCCAGUCACGCUCUUCAGAUAUGCUCUCGCAUUAUAUCAGCCUCUGUGUGUUUUUAUCAUCAAACAACAUGCUGCCGACGUUAUCAACGGAUGGAUUGAUUUUGCUUAUCGUGAAAAGCAAGUCUCAGCCCAGACUCAAGGCACUCUUAUAUUCGAAAACCACGACCAUGGAGAUAUUUAUGAGCAAUCUGUUGGCUAGUGCGGCAGCGAUGGGUGAAAUAGAGAUCUGCCGGAUUCUUAUCAACGCUGGUGCAGAUGUCGAUGCCCCCAGUGGAUUGGGCCUGCGUACAACGGCUCUUGGCAGGGCACUUCUUGGCGGACACCUAGAUUGUGUAAGGAUACUUCUGGAUGCUGGUGCAGAUCCCAAUUUAGCAGUGGAUGGAAGGGUACCGCUGCAUCUUGCGUGUGAUCUGUAUGACUCGUACGACUACGUGAAAGUCUUGCUCGACUCAGGAGCCCAUGUACAUCCUCCACAAGACUCUGCUCGCCUCACACCUCUGCAAAGAGCCGUUGAUGGGUCACAGCUUGAGGUAAUUCGACUGCUUCUCAAGGCGAAGGCUAAUCCAAAUUGUUUCACCAAGGCUAAGCAGGGAACCGCACUGCAGAUUGCCUGCAGGAACUCUGAGGCAGCCGGAGUCGUAGAGCUUCUGAUAGCGGCAGGAGCUGACAUCGAUGCUCGCUCGGGAUAUCAAUACGAUGACGGGAAGCUCGAAGACGGCCUUUCCGAGAGCAGCGACGAUGGGUCCGAGACUUCUUCUAUAGACAGUUUCUGGGAGACUGACGAGUCGACCUGUUCCUGUUUCAAAUCAGCCAUUCUCAUAGCUGCAGAAAACGAGAACUGGGAGGCAGUUCAGCUCUUGCUAGAGGAAGGGGCUGCUGUUAAUCCUAGCAUGAGGGGUUGUCCUACUCAAGCAAUGAGACAAGAACUUAUAGAACAUUCUUGGGAUGAUCCAGCUGUCUUCACCCCACUGCAAGCUGCCGUACGAGCGCAAAAUAUCACAAUGACCCGCAUGCUUCUGAGUGCUGGUGCACAUGUUGAUGCACGACCCAGAAAUAAAUACGGCCACACCGCGCUUCAGAUAGCUGCUAUGAUCAAAAACGAGAGACUGACCCAGAUCCUAUUACGGAAGGGGGCGAAUGUGAAUGCUGCUGCUAGUGUCUGUUUUGGACGUACAGCACUCCAAGCGGCUUCUGCACACUCAGACAUUACGGUUCUGAUUAUCCUACUUGAAGCAGGGGCAGAGGUAAAUGCCCCACCUGCUGGAGAGGGCGGAAGAACUGCACUACAGGUGGCAGUAUCUGCAGGAAAUAUUGAAGGGGUCCGUCUCCUUCUUGAUGCAGGCGCAACCGUCAACACUGACUUAAGUCGAAUUGAAGGGAUAACUCCCCUUCAAGAAGCUACUAAAAUCCGGGAUCAGUCAAUUCGAGAUGAAAUCAUACAUUUACUUUUGCGGGCGGGCGCAUACAUCCAGCCACAGAAGGGCCAGGAAAAAUAUGCUUCUCUCCACACGGCAGUAAGUCAGGGAGACCUGCUUAUGACAAAAACCUUGCUACGAAAAGGUGCCAGUCCGAAUGUGGGUUACUGUGCACGGACGAAUCGCACCCCUCUCCAACAGGCGUCGUCAUUGGGAGAUGAAAGUUUAUUCCAGGUAUUGGUGGACUAUGGGGCAGAUAUAAACGCCCCUCCUCAUUGGGACGAAGGUCGCACCGCGUUGCAAUCUGCAGCUGAACGCAACCACUUGUCUAUAGUGAGGAGGCUACUGCAACUUGGCGCAAGCGUGAAAGAGGAACGGGCCCUCAAGGGGAUCUCCGUGAUGGAGGCCGCUGUGAACAAUUGCAACCUAGAGCUCAUACAACUCCUGCUCGAUAUAGACCCCAGCAUUAUACGUUCGGACCCAACCACAAAGGGCAUUGUUAUAGGGGACGCCUUGAGCCAUUGGAAAUGUGAUGUUUCCUUAUUGGAACUUCUCCUUAAGGGUGGGGCAGAUGUUAAUAAUAUGGACACAUAUUCGUCAUUACCGUUUCUUCAGCUGGCAGCAAGAAAAAGCAACCUGGGGUUUGUACAGUGCCUUCUUACUGGAGGCGCUCAUGUAGACUGUCACGGGCAGCCCACCACUCCUGGAAACGUCACAGCCCUUCAAGAAGCCGUCGCUUCUCGUCAUAUUGAUAUCGUCCAGUUGCUACUGGAAUGGGGAGCCGAUGUUAAUGCACCAGCAAAUGAGAAAGGCGGAAAGACUGCGCUCCAGAUUGCAGUAUCACAAAACUAUUUCGAAAUGGUGGAGCUCUUGGUGCAAAACGGCGCAAAUGUUAAUGGCCUACCCAGUCCACGAAGAGGUCGAACAGCCCUUCAAGAAGCCGCAAGCUCUGGCUAUGUGCAGAUGACACAAUACCUGCUGAAUCAAGGUGCCGAUAUCAACGCUAGAGCUGCACACUUUGGCGGAAUCACGGCAUUACAGGGGGCUGCGAGCAGCGGCAAUAUUCGCAUAGUCAUGAUGCUGCUUUCAGCUGGCGUCGACAUCAACGGUGCAGCUGCCAUCGAAGGUGGACGUAAUGCUAUUGAGAGCGCUGCAGAGAAUGGCAGGUUGGAUACUCUGCAUGUUCUGUUAAACUACCACCCGAACACUGAAGAAUUUGAAAUCAAAAGGAAACGAGCAGCGAAGCUAGCACUUGCUAAUGGUCAUUUGGCCAUUGGGCGAUUUUUGCUGGCGUAUCGGAAAGACACAUGGAUGAGGACGAGGGAAGUGCCUUGUUAG